AUGAGAAUAAAAGAACAAAUCACAAUCACUAUAUACUCAUAUUUCUCCCCUCUAGCUUCCAUCUCUCUCCAUAUUCACCACCACAGUUCACCACCACUACCACAAAUCACCUCCACUACCACAGUUCACCACCACUACCACAGAUCACCUCCACUACCACAGUUCACCACCACUACCACAGUUCAGCUCCACUACCGCAGUCAAUCUCCACUACCACAGUCCACCUCCACUACCGCAGUUCACCACCGUUACCACAGUUCAUUUCCACUACCACAAUUCACCACCACUACCACAGUUCAUCUCCACCACCACAGUUCAUCACCACUACCACAGUUCACCACCACUACCACAGUUCAUCUCCACUACCACAGUUCAUCUCCACUACCACGAUUUAUCACCGCUACCACAGUUCACCACCGCUACCACAGCUCAUUUCCACUACCACAGUUUAUCACCACUACCACAGUUCAUCUCCACUACCACAGUUCACCACCGCUACCACAGUUCACCACUACCAUAGUUCAUCACCACUACCACAGUUCAUCUCCACUACCACAGUUCACCACCGCUACCACAGUUCAUUUCCACUACCACAGUUCACCACCACUACCACAGUUCAUCACCACUACCACAGUUCAUCACCACUACCACAGUUCAUCACCACCACCACAGUUUAUAGCCACUACCACAGUUCAUCUCCACUACCACAGUUCACCACCACCACUACAGUUCAUCACCACUACCACAGUUCACCACCGCUACUACAGUUCAUCUCACUACCACAGUUUACCCCCACUACCACAGUUCACCACCACUACCACAGUUCACCAUCACUACCACAAUCACCACCACUACCACAGUUCAGUACCACUACCACAGUUUAUCUCCGCAACCACCGUUCUCCAUCACUACCGCAUUCGACUACCGCAUGUGUAUCAUGGUCUUUCGCACUAUUCUUUGUCUUAUCAGUCCAUUCCUAAUUGA